GGAAACAUGGCAUUCCAUACACGACAAUCCUUCCUAGAUCGCGCUCAUUGCGGUGUCUUCCAACCCGCUCGACAUGCAGUUGUCGUAGGAGCUUCCAGGCCCAGCAAAGGCUUCGGCAAAGUUCCAAAGGAUACUAAAGAUGAGCGCAAGGACGGACACAGAUCCAAGGCGGAUGGUAUGGGCGACAAGCAGGUUGUCCGCGAGGCUGCAGCAGCGGCUAAUUCGUUGCGGGGUCGGCACCGACCUAUCAGCCCGGAAGAGGCAGCAAGGGGAAAAUUGGAUUAUGUGCAGGUUGCUGAUUGGGGUGAUGGCGAUCGAUCCAAGCUAGGCGACCUAAAACUUGUACGACAUGUACAACAAUAUGCGGGAAGCGGCGCAGCAGCGACAACCAGCUCGUCCUCCUCAACUUCCUCAGCCAGCAGCGGCAUUAGCCAUGACAACGGCAACAGCGGCACAAGUGGGGAGCCCGGGACGACGCAAGAGCAACAGCAGCAGCAGCAGCCGGUAGAUGAGGCCCCUUUCCAUGUGCAGCUAGCGCAGCAGCUGCAGAUGGCUGAGGCUCGCGGUGCGCUGACCGUUGCGGGUCCGCCCCCUCCUCCGCUGCCUGAGUGGAGCUGGCGGGAGGGGCGCUACCUGCAGUACCUGGCGGACUGGCGGGAGGUGCAUGCAGCUCUGGAGGCUGCGCUGAGUGAUGCCACCGCCGACCUGCCGCCACUCCCCCGCCACCAGCAGCCGCAGCAGCCCUCCACCUCUCCCUCCGCUCCUUCCUCCACUCCUUCCCCCUCCACACCCUCUUCUAUGCCUGCGACUGCAGCCCCCCCGGCUGCUGCCUCCCCACCCACCCCCACCUCCCCCCGCCAGUGCGCCCGUCUGGCGCUGCUGCCGCUGUGUCCCGGUGUGUUGGGGCUGGAGCGCAGUACGGCACUGGGGCGGGACGUGGCGGCACUGGCGGGGAGGGGUGCGGCAGGGGGUGCUGCUGCUGGUUCAGCAACAGCAGGCGUAGCAACAGCUGCUGCUGCAGCUGCUUCGACUGCAUGGAGAGAACCAGAAGGAGGUGGAGAGCGAGGAGGAGGAGGAGAGGGAGAAGGGCAGCAGCAACAGCAGCAGCAGGGGUGGGAAUCGGCAGGGGCAGCGGCGGCGAAGGAGCCGUACGCUGCUGGUGUGGCUGGGUGGGCGGUGUCUUGUACGGCAGCGGCGGGCCCCAUGGCUCGGUCGUACGGACAGGUGCUGCGGCGGCUGGGGAGAGUGGCGGCGGGAGGGGAGACCGAGCAGGAGCGGCAGGCGGCAGCUCUGCGGCUGCUGUCACACACUGCCGUUGUCCACAUGGUGGGGCAGGCGGCGGGAGUGCGGCUGGGGGCCACGGCGGCGGAGAAGCUGGGGCUGCUGCAGCGGGGGGCGGCGGCGACGUACCACGAGUACCCACCUGGGGUAACCGACCCACGGGUCACCCUCUACCGCGCGCUCGACGCCGCUGGCUGCCACGUGGCUGACCCGGCGGGUCGGCAGGUUGUGUUUGACGAAGUGCCGGGGGCGAUGCGGAAAGUGGGGCUGCUGAUGUCGGCACUGGCGCACCGGGAUUGAUGGGUGAGCAAGACGCGCCAGUCGCGGGUAAAAAGAGGAAACUGACAAGCUGUAUGACGAGGCUUCUCCAUGGGUUGCUUGGAAAACGGGUGGGGCAGAGGCGGAGUGGGCGCAGGAAGCAUGGGGUGCGGAUACCGGUGUGUGGGGUGCGGGUAGGAGGGGGCUUGGGCGUUGUGUUGGGGACUUGGGACGCAACAGGGGAUAGGGGUGCAUGCAUGUAGGGUAAAGAGGAAACAACUAACUGACCGUGUGAUAAGGCAUCACAGUGCAUGUGGGGGGUGAAGGCUGUGGGGUUUGGGGAGGCUGCAGUAUGGGUAGCAACAGCUGGAGGAAGGCCCUGGGCUGUGUGUAAUGGCUUGCGGCUGCCUAAGAUGUUGGUAAUGGGGGCACAUGGGCUGGUAGGAGUGUUUGGGUGUUGUAUCUUGUACGGAAACAAACAACACCGAGGCCUACAAGGCAGGGAAGGAAGGCCAGUGGGCGGGCAAGACGGUGGGUGC